AUGUUCAUCAAGUCCUUACUGCACACCUUCUCAAGGAGCAAGUCUUCGUCGUCGUUAAGGAAACAUUUUCAAAAAGUUCGAGGUGACCCCUUUAACGACAAGAAACGAAGUCAGUUUUAUCGCUCCAGAGCCGCUUUCAAACUAUUGGAGAUAGACGACAAGUUUCACAUUUUCAACAGACAUUGUCGUAAUAUCGUGGACUUGGGCUUUGCACCAGGAGCUUGGAGCCAAGUAGCAGUAGAAAGGUUGGGAAAUAACCCUUUUACAAUUUUAGGGGUUGAUAUAAACCAUGCUACUCCUUAUAAAGGUUGCCAGUAUAUACAAGGCGAUGUGACAAAGACGUCAACACAUAGCAAGAUUAGAGAGUUUUUCACCGAUGAGGAGGGUUUGACGCAGCCUCUCGAUCUAAUUAUGAGCGAUAUGAUGGUCAAUUGCACUGGACAUGACCACUACGAUCACAUUGGAAACAUGGAACUUUGCAAUGCCGGGUUGAUACUUGCCUUCAAUCAACUCCGCGCGGGUGGCAACUUGAUCAUGAAGGUAUGGCAGGGGUCAGAGUUGAAACUACUAGAAGCCAGAAUGAAACUCCUAUUUGCGAAACUGUAUGCCUUCAAACCACAAUCUAGUCGGUCCGAGUCAAGCGAGUUGUACUUUGUGGGUCUUGGAAAGAGGGACUUCAAAUAUCAGUUGCUACUAUCAGACUUAUUUGGCGAUAUAGACGAAAUUGGAAAGCUACGGAAAAAGUUGAAGUAA